ACAGACACACCACCCAGUACUCCCUUUAACGCCUCUUCCUUAUCAUCGCAGGCCGGCAGACCCACCAGGAUGACUUGUGAAAUCCGCACUGAAAGCGUGGAGCUGGAGCAGGUCGAAAACAGUCUUACUGAGGAGGACAGCGUGGUGAGAAGCGGUGGCGUGUUUCGCUCCAUUUUGCGCGGCCUCCUCUGGCCCUUCGGCAUCGUGGUUUACACAUACCGCGGGUUUUGGUGGGUGUUGGGUUACCGGCAGCCGCAGGAGAAGGCCGUCCUCAGCCCCUCGGCCCUCAGCCCCGGACGCCACAGCCUCUCCGGCCGCAAGCGCCUGCACCGGGUCACCCGCCUGCUGCUGUCCGUGCUGCCACGCUGUGUGCAGAGUAAACUGGGAUACCCGGUGUCUAGCAGCAUCGGGCUCUCCCUCUCACCAGAAAUCAGAGUCUCUCCUACUAAACCUUGUGGAAAGGGCAGCAAGAGAAAGCAGGCUGAGUUGGAUGAGGAUGAAGAAGAAGAAGAGGAGAGUCGGACCUGGGUGGAGGCGCUUAAUCAGGUGCUCGCUGAUGACGAGGGCCCCGAGGUGGAUCCCGACUAUGAGCCCAGUUCUAUCGAGACUGAGAGUGAAGAGUACUGCUCGCACAAUGACACGGAAAGCGAAUUUGAGAUGCAGGGGAAAGCAGUGCUCAUUGAAGACGUGAACACGGGUGUUGAGCUGUCCACUCCAGAUGAAGUGUCUUACCCUGCUGUUUAAAUGGGUCAUCUUGAAGAAUGUUGUAUUCGAUGCUUUUGUAUGUUAAUAUAUUAAUUCAAUAAAAUUGUUAUUUGCCUUGACCUUGCUCUGGCCUCCCACUA